AUGCUCGACCAGCUCCCCCCUGAGCUCGUUCACGCCGUUAUCUCAGAAUUCUGGUACUCCGAACACCCCUCGGAGGAUAGAAUUGUAUUCAUGAAAACAUGUCCCCUCAUCAACCGCCUCUGGAAGGAUGUCUUCGCGUACAUCGCUUCCCGGGACAUUUUCGUUCCAACAAAUGGAUAUCUGUUCUAUCUCAGUUCUAUUAUACGCAACAACGACUCUCUGAUCUACCGAAGUCAUCUCCCCAAUUCCACUCGUACGAUUACCUGUCAUGUCGACCUAGUUGAAACAAAUCAGGAAGCCGCACAGGAGCCAUACACAAUCUUAUCCAAUCUCCCCAAUUUCAUCGGAUUUCGCAAGUGCUUUCCAAAUAUCACUCAAAUCUUCCUCGAAAUCACGUAUCGCGUCCGAGACAGAUGGUGGACCCUUUUAAUAUUAUCUCAAGAACAAAUCGUUCGGACUCGAAUAUCCUUAGCACUUGACCAAGCAACCACGCAGCUCAGUGUCUUACCCGUGGACUGGGAAAUCGCUGCUUACAACCCGGCACCUGAUUAUAUCUAUGGCAGAAUUGCUGACAGUAACUGGGAAAUGUUUCUGGAGGCUAUCACUCGUCCUAUGGCACCCAGAACGUUGUCCAAAUGCGUCAGAGCGACCCCGUUCAAGGAUUUGAUAUUGCGUUCGACGUAUCUGAAUUGCGUCCGGCGGUUUUCUGGUCAUGGUGUCCUUACGGAGACGAAGGGCGAUGUGGGAGGCAUCAAUCGCCGGUUCGGAACGACAGUGCGAAGACCAUUCGGUUUAUGGACGUUCCUUGAGGAAAUGUAUGAGUUUAUCACAUGGGUAGAUGAUACUGUGCCCGAACGCUUGGCAAAUUGGCAUGUCAUCGCGCCACCAUGA